AUGUAGGCAAUCAGCCAUGUCAGGAGCUCAGGAUAUGUGGCAGCAGUAAAACGCAAAAGAUGAUGACGUUUUGAGAGUGUUCUUAGAGAAUUUAUAUAUUUUCCUUUUUUUUUUCCCUUCUCUUGUACGUAUCUGAAAAAUAAAUAAAUGAGAAAGGAAAAAUGCAGGCAGGUUUGAUCUGUGCUGGCCUUUGUUGAAUCUCAGGUUUUGGCUUCUUGAAAUAGGGGAUUGAGAGCAUAAUGUUAAGUUCAGGGAAUAAUUUAAGCCGGGGAAGUGCCACAAUUUCAUCAGAUGUUCCACCCUUGACACAGUGCUUAUCUUUGGAACCAAUUACAUUAGGCUAUCAGAAAUAUACUCGUUCUGGAGAGGUUAGGCGGGUUUUGGGUAUCCCUCUUGGAAGUGCAUCAGAGGACCAUUCCUUUGGAGUUGCUCAUCCCAAGCCUCCACCUCCGGUGGCAACAGAGGAACUAAAAAAUUUUAAAGAAAGUGUGCAAGAUGCUUGUAAAAAGGCCAGGGAUAGAGCAAAAAUGUUGCGUGAUUCCUUGUUCAAAUUGGAUAAGUAUAGGGAAGCGUUAAGCUCAAAGAAGCGACAGAGGAGUGAACUUUCAUUAAAUGAGAGGUCAAAUGGAGCAAAUGCAGGAAAGAUGGGGAGUCAGAUUCAUAGAAAUACUCAUGAUAUAAUGAAUCAAAGAUUGGAGGACAGGGCCAAGGGUGUUGGGCUGAAUAAGCGUGUUCGUACCUCAGUGGCUGAUGUGCGGGCAGAUGGUAGGUCCAGCAUUGCUUCAAGGCAGCAGAUAAUCAUGGAAAAGGGUGGAGAUAUGCUCCAGGAUGCUGCUGGGGUUGCCCCUAGGUUUGAAGAAAAGAUCCAUAGAUUGCCUGCAGGAGGUGAAGGAUGGGAUACAAAAAAUAAAAAAAAGCGUUCUGUUGGAUUGGUAGGUAGUAGAGUUAUAAAUGGUGACCGAGAUCUAAAACGAGCUGUGCAUCCAAAGAUCAGUUCUGACUCUAAGUUGAGAUCUUGUGAUGCUCAGGGAUUCAGAUCAAAAUCUUCACCAGGUGUUGGUGGAAUCAACAAGUUGGAUAGUUCUUUAGAGCCUGGUUGUUCAGAUGCCUGUACAGUACUCAGGAAUGAAAUGGAUACUGGUACUCUUCCGAGAGGUCAUUUGGUCCUUUUAGAGCAGAAAGUUGUGACAAAAGGAAGCAAUAAGCCAAAUAUUCAUGAGGAUAAUUUAGCAAGCAGUCCUAAUACAAUGAUAAAGGCAAGGGUUUCUAGGGCACCACGGACCAUUGUACUAGACUCAUCACUCAAAGUUCAGUCCUCAUCUACAUCUCUUCAAGGUUCAUCUUCCAUGGCUCAGUGGGUUGGUCAGAGGCCACAUAAAAACUCACGUACAAGAAGAGCAAAUAUAGUUGCUCCUGUUUCAAAUCAUACUGAAACUCAGAUAUCAUCUCAAUGUUUUCCAACCAAUGAUUUUAGUGCGAGAGCUUCCAUUGGGACCAAUGGAUCACUAGUCGCUAACAGUAUGGACAAUAGUAUUCCCAAGUUUAAGAGGGAAAUUGAAAGUGUUCCAUCUCCAUUUGGGCUAUCCGAAAGUGAAGAAUCAGGUGCUGGGGAUAAUAAAACAAAAGAUAAAGGAAUAGACAGUAGGGCUUGUCUGUUGCCUGCUCGGAAGAAUAAAUUGCCCGCUAAUGAGAUUGGAGAUGGUGUGAGGAGACAAGGAAGGAGUGGAAGGGGUUCAUCUCUAACAAAGCCAGCCAUUCAUUCAGUGAGAGACAAAUUAGAGAAUCUACCAACUACAAGGCCAAUUCAGAGUGUGAAACCUGCUUCUGAUAAGAAUAAAAGCAAAACUGGUCGUCCACCUUCGAAAAAGUUGAAAGAACGGAAGUCUUUAGCUCGUGUUGGGCCACUGGUUAGUAGUGGAUCUUUAGAUUUCACAGGUGAAUCAGAUGAUGAUCGUGAAGAACUAUUUGUGGCGGCCAAUUCUGCUCGGAAUGCUAGCAAUCGUGCGUGUUGUGGUCCAUUUUGGAAGAAAAUGGAAUCUAUUUUUGGUUCUGUCUGCUCAGAGGACAUGUCGUACCUAAAGCAACAGUUAAGUUUUGCAGAGGAGCUUGAUGAGAGUUCGUCACAGAUGCUUGGUGGUGAAUAUAAUCUUUUGGGUGUUCUUGUGCAUAAAGAAAUGACUGAUUAUUCCGGUGAAAGACAAGGUGAUGACUCUAACCAAGAAUUAGAGAAGAAAGCUUCUUUAUGUGGAAAGAUUGACAUGGGAAGAUUGGAAAAGGGUGAUCCACUAUACCAGAGAGUUCUCUGUGCUUUGAUUGAAGAAGAUGAAAGUGAAGAAUUUUACAUCCACGGUGAAGGGAAGAGUAUGCCAUUUCACUAUGCUAGUGACGAUUCUCAUUGUGGUUCAUGUAAUCUGAUUGAUAUUGAACCCAAAGAUAGGGACAGAAUGGAAUCUGAAGUUGAGUCAAAAGUGAAUUUACAGACCCAGAAGAAUUGUUUGUUGGACAGAGUUUCAUGUGAUAAAAGUGUUGCAUCCAACACAAUUAGGAACCCUAGCAUGUCAAAUUCAUUGCAUAGCAGUGAACGGUGGCCAUGGGAUGAUGAUUGCUCACUUUCGGAGAUUGGGCAUGGCGGUGAAAUAUGUUCAAAUGAUAUGAGUCAACUGCAGACAAGGGAAUUAAAUACAACUGGCUUCCCUUCUUCUGAUCACAAGUAUCAGCUGAUGUGUCUUGAUGAUAGGGUUCUCCUGGAGCUACAGAGUAUUGGUUUGUGUCCAGAGACAUUGCCUGAUCUGGCAGAUGGAGAGGAAGUUAUUAAUCAAGAUAUAAUGGGACUUCAGGAAGGCCUAUACCAAGAGAUUGGAAGAAAGAAAACGAAGUUAGGGAAAAUUGGUAUGGCUGUGCACAAAGGGAAAGAAGCGGAAAAAAGGAACAUUGAACAGUUUGCAAUGGACCAACUUAUUGAGAUGGCUUAUAAAAAACGACUGGCUUGCCAUGGGAAUACUUCCUCAAAAAGUGCAGUCCGCAGAGUUUCAAGACAAGUUGCACCGGCUUUUAUCAAGCGCACUCUUGCUAGAUGUAGAAAAUUUAAGGACACAGGGAGCAGUUGCUUUAGUGAACCUGCAUUACUGGAGGUCAUCUUCUCAACACCUCCGAGCAACAAUGAUGCCAAAUCUGUUGAUUGUGUUGGCUCAGGAACUGCAAGUAACACAUGCAAUGAAGUUUCUAACCAUCAUGCUGAAGCCAGAGGCUCAGGUGCUGUUUCUAGUGCUUUGGAGAGAGAUGAUUCACAUGGUGAUUGCUUUGAUGGAGGUAAGAAGAGGGAAGUGCUUAUUGAUGAUGUUAUCGGCAGUGCUUCGUCGAGAGUUACGUCAACUCUUGAUAGUGCCGGGCUUGGUGGAGUAAAGGCUAAGAGAAGUGACACAGAAAGUUAUCAAAACAUGGAUAGUAUAAGAGGUAAUUCUGUUUCUGGAACUAGUCGCUCAUCAGUCGCUGGCUUCAAAAGUGAGUGCAAAACAAAAUCCAAGACCAAGCAAAAGAGUAGUCAUUUGUCAAAAACUGGAAAUGGACCUCGCGGAUCUGGUCUUUCAGCAGCUAAUGCUAGCCAUAAAAUAGACAGAGAAGUUGGUUCAGUAUCUCUCGUUAACAUCCGUCAGGAAACUUCUAAAGAGGCAGAUGAACCCAUUGAUUUCGCGAACUUGCAGCUGCAAGAAUUAGAUACAAUUGGACUAGAAGUAUCCACUGACCUUGGCGGGCCACAAGAUCUGUAUUCAUGGUUGAAUUUUGAUGAUGAUGGCUUACAAGACCAUGAUUCCAUAGGUCUCGCAAUACCAAUGGAUGACCUUACAGAAUUGAAUAUGAUCAUGUAAGAGAAAUUUGCACUCUUCUUUUUUGGUUGAGCAAAGAUUCAAGGGACCAUUGAGAGAUCAGAGCUAGUGUAGCCCAGGCAAGUAAAUCGAAGAUUGCAACUGUAUAUAAUUUGUAGGUAAAUUGAAUGUUAUUUUGAUUAUUUGUGUGAAUUGAACAUCUGUGCUUCCCAUAUGCAUGUAUUCGUAUGAGAGGUGUAGGAUGUAUAAAUACAUUUAUCUUACUUCUCAUUUUAUGUAGUAGCUUGCCUAAGAAUCCAUAGCAGGUUGUGGUACGUUUCUGAAA